UUUUUUUUGAGAAAACAAUUAGAACUUAUAAUUCAUAUUAUAAUCUCGGUUAUAUGUGUGUUUAAGUUGAUUGAGCUUCUCUUAUUAUUUGUUUACUUACUGAUUAAAAUAGUAUUAGAAGCUUAAGUUCGAGAGCUUAUUGUUUUGUGUUUCUUCUUUACUGAUACUGAAUAGAUGGAAGGCGGUUUUGCGGAGGAGCUUUACUCUGAAACUUUGCAAUUAUCAAAACUAGAAUUGGUUCCUGGUCAGUUUAUAUCUCUCUUUAUACUUGUUUAAUUUGUUUUACUAAUUCUUGUCUUUUGAACAUUUUAGGUCAUGAUGAGGAUGGAGCCUUUUGGGGUGAUUCUGAUGAGGAAUUGCAUAAAUCAUCUGAUUUGGAUAGGGAAUGGGAGAGGAGACGCGACCAAUUUCAUACUUGAUGAUAUUCAGAUUGGAUACCGCGAUGGCCUCUUAGCUGGUAAAGAAGCUAUUGCACAAGAGGGAUUCAAUGCUGGUUUUAAACAGUCUGUGCUUCUUGGAUUUGACUGGGGUCUUGUUAGAGGUGUUACCAGUGCAUUUGCCUGCCUUCCGGAUGGAUUGAAAGAAAAGCUGAUUGAAACACCAGAAAAGAGAAAUAAGUUCCUGGCCUUGUAUGAAUCCGUGCAUUCUCUUUCGACAACAGAUGCCCUGAAAUUGUUUUAUGAUGAUAUAGUGUCAAAGAAAGCAGCAGAGCAGAGUGAGCAUGCUACGGCCAGUUCUGAUACAGCAGGCUUGCAAUACAAAAUUUCGGAUUGCAGUUUGGGGAAUUAUGGUGGAGAGCUUCAGUCGCUUCUUAUUGAAUCUCCUGCAAUUGACUCACAUAUACGAGUAGACUAAUUAGUCUACAUAUUGUAACUGAGUUUUGGAUGUAUUACUUGUGUACUGAUGUAAAUAAAAAAAUGAAAAACUUCUCUCAUAAUUUUGACAGGAUUUUCUCA